AUGUCAUCACCCGCUAUAGCACGCACCUGGCGCAAACUUCUCGCCGACCUCCACGAGCGGGAGAGUGGCCCUCUCCCAGACCCUGUUCCAACUUUUGGUGCCGACCUUAUUACCGCGCCUUCGACACCCGUCCUCUCUGCCAGUAUUGCUGGACCCGAUCUAGAUUUCCUCGAAAAACUUGAUCAAAGUAUAAAUGUCGCCUUUGCUACUCCGAUUCCCGACUACCAGAACGACUCCGAGAGCUACUCCGAGAGCUCUUCGGACGACGAAGAUUGUGCGCCAUGGCCGUCACAAGCUCACGCUGCAUGGUUCUUGAAGAUGGCUCCGGCUCCUAGGAUUACUCGCAAAGACCAGAAGCGUAAACUUCCAGAUAAAAGAGAAGACGAGCACUCGAUGCAAGAUACACAGCCUCAUAAACGACCGAGACGGACUGCCAAGCGCAUAACAAUAUCUAUGGAGAGCAAAACAUCGUUUUCCCAAUCGAAGCAACAGACUCGAUCCGCCAAGGAACAUCAUCCUCUUUAUAGUCCUCCUCAAACGCCUUCGCCAACUGCCCAAACGAGUCCGAAAGAUCGAAUUAACUCGGCUCAAUCGAGGAAGUCUUUAGCUUCCCAGCCUCGCCCAUCAAUGCAGCAACCUACACCUGAAGCCGACAAGCCCUUGCUUCAACGGGAACUUAGGCAGAAAUCGGCAUCUACGCAUAUUUUCCAAACGAUCGCUGAUGGAGUUGGAAACAUAUCUGAAGGGCCUCUUCGAUGGGCGUGGCUAUGCAGUUACCAGGAGCAAUCUUCCAAGGCGAUACAGGCCGCGUUCGACUACCCCUACCGAAACAACGGCAACGCCUCUCAUGCAGACUCAAAGAAUGGUCAAGGACCUCAAAGCCAGCGUUCCACUUGGAAAGAUCCUGGGACGAUAGCGAGAAACGCAUCGUCAAUAACAGCCUUUUGA